GCCGGCCGAGCCGAGCCCACACCGGCAGCGGAGGCGCCGCCUCCCGUCUUCCGGACCCGGCACUUUGAGGGGUUCCGGGCGCCGGAGACGCGGGGCUCCCAUGGAGGCCGCCUCGCCGGCGGGACCCAGCGCCCCGCGGCCGCCCGCGCAGGCAGCGGAGGGCGCGCCCAUCAGCCUGCUCCGCAGGGUCCGGGGCGCUCUUUUCACCUGGAAUAUUUUGAAAACAAUUGCCCUGGGUCAGAUGUUGUCCUUGUGUAUAUGUGGGACAGCCAUCACCAGCCAGUAUUUGGCAGAAAAAUACAAAGUGAAUACGCCCAUGCUUCAGAGCUUUAUCAACUAUUGCUUGCUGUUUCUAAUUUAUACAAUGAUGCUGGCAUUUCAGUCAGGUAAUAAUAACCUUUUAUGCAUCUUGAAAAAGAAAUGGUGGAAGUAUAUCCUGCUCGGACUGGCAGAUGUGGAAGCUAAUUACCUGAUUGUCAGAGCGUACCAGUACACAACUCUAACCAGUGUCCAGCUUUUGGAUUGCUUUGGGAUUCCUGUGUUGAUGGCUCUCUCGUGGUUUAUUCUUUAUGCAAGAUACAGAGUGAUCCACUUCAUCGCUGUGGCUGUCUGUCUGUUGGGCGUAGGAACUAUGGUUGGUGCAGACAUAUUAGCAGGGAGAGAAGACAAUUCAGGUAGUGAUGUGCUGAUUGGUGACGUCUUGGUCCUUCUUGGGGCCUCCCUCUAUGCAGUUUCUAAUGUGUGUGAAGAAUACAUCGUGAAGAAGCUGAGCCGACAGGAGUUUUUAGGAAUGGUGGGCUUGUUUGGAACAAUUAUCAGUGGCAUACAGCUAUUGAUUGUGGAAUAUAAGGAUAUUGCCAGCAUUCACUGGGACUGGAAAAUUGCCCUACUGUUUGUAGCAUUUGCCCUCUGUAUGUUUUGCCUGUACAGCUUCAUGCCACUGGUGAUUAAAGUCACUAGUGCCACUUCUGUCAACCUGGGCAUCCUGACAGCUGACCUCUAUAGUCUUUUCUUUGGACUCUUCCUGUUUGGCUAUAAGGUCCCACGGUUUGGUGGCUAAAGUGAAAACAGGAUCCAGGAUUCCUUUCAGUUUAGCAGCAGCUUGAAGUUGCCACUGCUUCUUGAAACAGUAAGUUCUGAGGGGGCCGUGGUUCCUGGGGAACUGCCGAGCUAAUGAAUGUAAAUGCAUCUCCAGUGAGACUAACUGGGAAGAUUUUCCUGUAAAAACUAGCUUAAUGGUGCAGUUUUCUCUGCGGCUCUGGAUCCUGCGUCUGUGUGAGGUCUUCUGUAUGCCUAGUCACGAUUCUCUUUUCUAUCAUUACGGUGAUGUGCCAUUUCCAUCCACAUUUAAUCACUUAGUAUCUAGGCAUAUCCUCAGCCCUCAAAAGAUACCAAUAAAUCAGGGAAAUUCAGCAGAUAGCCACUUAGCUGAUUAAAAGGCAAGAGAUUUAUGAGGAAAUUAGGUAAUGCUGAACAUGCAGUUCUCCAGUAGUCCUUUUAUAGUGUUUUUGAGGUCUGAAGCAGCUUUACUCCUCUUGAUAUACCAAAAAUAUAGAAUAGCAAAAUUUUUCCUAUAGGGUCUAAUGUCCCAAAGUUUCUUCUCCCAAGGCCUCCAUCAUGGACUUUAUUCCUGGUUUAAAUAUUACCCUCCUCUAGCAAUCUUUCAUGUGUAGACACUUCUGGAGAAAGAAAUUGGAAGGAGGAGAGAAAUGAUACAAAUGAAAAACAUAGGUCAUUUGAACAGUUAUUGACUCCAAUGGACCACAGCGAGCCUUCAGAUAGUGCCAUGUAAUCAUCACUUGAUCAGCUAUUAUUCACACCUGCCCAAUGGGGAGGCCAGAUUCAAUUCACCAGGUGAGGUUAGAGGGCAUGCAGUGCUAGUAGCUGGAAUGUGGAGGCCCACUUUCCCAGGCCUUGGAUGUUGCUUUCUUUCUACUUGGUGACAGGGCUUUUCCAUGUUAGCCUGAGUAUUUUACAUUGUUUCAGAUUCAUAUUCUGACUUUGGCCUUGUGACUCCAUGUGGGACUUUAUCCACCUAAGUCUUCCUGAAAAGCCUGCUAGGCCAGUGUAUGGACCUUCACAUGAGGGGGGACACGCAGACACACACACACCACUGUCACCACCAUCACCAAUUCCUCCUAUACACCCCCUGCAAUCUUAUUUUUCCAGAAAUUGCAAUUUGUUGAUAAGAUUGAUUGCAGCAGCUUCAGGGAAUCUGCCCUCACGCCUGAUACACAUCUGGAGGCAUUUCUGUAGAAUGUCAUUUUCCUAGUCCACUGUUGGAUUAAGUGUACAGGUAGACCUCAUUUUAUUGUGUUUUGCUGUGACUGUAUUUUUACAAAUUGAAGGUUUGUGGCAACCCUACCAUAAGCAAGUCUAUCGGUGCCAUUUUUCUAAUAUCAUUUUCUCGCUUCGUGUCUCUGUCACAUUUUGGUAAUUCUUACAAUAUUUUUGACUCUUUCAUAUUAUUAUAUUUGUCAUGGUGAUCUGCAAUCAGUGAUCUUUGAUAUUGUAAUUGUUUUCAGCACUGUGAACUGUGUCCUAUAAGACAGUAAACUUAAUUGAUAAAUGCUGUGAGUGUUCUGACUGCUCCAGUGACUAGCUGUUCACCCAUCUCUAUCCCUCCCUCUGGGCCUCGGUAUUCUCUGAGACACAACAAUAUUGAAAUUAGGUCUAUUAAUAACCCCAAAAGGCCACUAAGAAUCCAAGUGGAAGAAAGAGUCACAUAUCUCUCACUUUAAAUCAAAAGCUAGAAGUGAUUGGAGUUCCCUGGUGGCCUAGAGGUUAAGGAUUUUGUGUUGUCACUGCUGUGGCUUGGGUUGGAUCCCUGGCCUGGGAGCUUCUGCAUUUUGUGGUCAUGGCCAAAAAAGAAAAAGAAAAGAAAUGAAAUGAUUAAGCUUAGUGAGGAAGGCAUGCUGAAAGCAAAAAAAACUAGGCUUCUUGUGCCAGUUGGCCAAAUUGUGAAUGCAAAGGAAAAGAGUUUUGGGAGUUUUAAAAUAAAUUUAUUAGAGUACAGUUGAUUAAAAAGUAGUGUUUCAGGGGAACAGCAAGGUAAAUCAGUUAAAAGGAAAAGUUCUUGAAGGAAAUUAUAAGUGCUACUCCAUUGAACACAUGGGAAAAAAAAAAAAAAAAAACGGUGAAACAGCCAUAUUGC